AUGGGCAACAGCCUCUCCAUGUGCGGCUUGGGCGCCUCUAACAGCGACUACGACGUGCAGCGGCAUCACCAAUGUAAAGACUUUGCCCGACCAGUUGACCGGUCGGUACUGCGUAAGCGCAAACACUCUUUAUCCACUGCAACGGACAUGUCUGUGGCCUCCAUCCUCUCAAACUCGGAGCAGCUCAUUCCUGACGCGUUCAUGCCAAUGGACAUUCAGGUUCUAUCUCAACGUCGACAACGGCAGUAUCACCACCAUUAUAACGACUCGACUGGCUCGCGCUCGUCGUACAGCCUCAACUACAGCAGCAGUAGCAAGGCUUCGUCCCGAGUCAGCAACUUGUCGUCUCGAGGCGUCGGUCUGGUGCACGUGGUGCGCAAUAAAACUGCUGCAGAGGAGUCAAUUCCAAGCAGUGUGAGCAACAAGUACACCGUCGGGAUCAAGACGGCGUCUUCUAGUUUCGGCUACAGUGAUGACGAGGGCGACCCGGCCGCUGUGUCCAGUCGACGCGGAGACAGACCGUUGGGUCGGAGCUUUGAGUGA